AUGGAGACCGGCGCGGGCCCACACCCGCUGCGCCUGUUUGUCUGCCUGAUGCCUCUCUGUCUCGCGCUGCUCCUGGGGCCCGGGCGGCCCGGGACUGCCGAGGAAGUCAUUCUCCUGGAUUCCAAAUCUUCCCAAGCUGAACUGGGCUGGACUGCUCUACCAAGUAAUGGAUGGGAAGAGAUAAGUGGCGUGGACGAGCACGACCGGCCCAUCCGUACAUACCAGGUGUGCAACGUGCUGGAGCCCAACCAAGACAACUGGCUGCAGACCGGCUGGAUUAGCCGAGGUCGUGGGCAGCGCAUCUUUGUGGAACUGCAGUUCACGCUGCGCGACUGCAGCAGCAUCCCCGGUGCCUCGGGCACUUGCAAAGAGACAUUCAAUGUCUACUACCUGGAAACUGAGACCGAUCUGGGCCGUGGGCGUCCUCGCCCGGGCGCCAGUCGGCCCCGCAAAAUCGACACGAUUGCUGCAGAUGAGAGCUUCACACAGGGGGACCUAGGCGAACGCAAGAUGAAGCUAAACACCGAGGUGCGCGAGAUUGGGCCUCUCAGUCGGAGGGGUUUCCACUUGGCCUUCCAGGAUGUGGGUGCAUGCGUGGCACUGGUUUCAGUGCGCGUGUACUAUAAGCAGUGCCGAGCCACGGUGCGGGGCCUGGCGGCGUUCCCGGCCACGGCGGCCGAGGGCGCCUUCUCCACUCUGGUGGAGGUGACUGGAACUUGCGUGGCGCACUCGGAAGGUGAGCCUGGCAGCCCCCCUCGUAUGCACUGUGGUGCCGAUGGUGAGUGGCUGGUGCCUGUGGGACGUUGCAGCUGCAGUGCGGGAUUCCAGGAGCGUGGCGACAUCUGUGAAGCCUGUCCCCCGGGAUUUUAUAAGGUGUCCCCGCGGAGGCCCCUCUGCUCGCCAUGCCCGGAGCACAGCCGGGCCCUGGAAAAUGCCUCCACGUUCUGCGUGUGCCAGGACAGCUACGCGCGCUCGCCGACCGACCCGCCCUCGGCUUCCUGCACCAGGCCGCCGUCGGCGCCGCGGGACCUGCAGUACAGCCUGAGCCGCUCGCCGCUGGCGCUGCGGCUGCGCUGGCUGCCGCCUGCCGACUCGGGAGGCCGCUCCGACGUCACGUACUCGCUGCUGUGCCUGCGCUGCGGCCGCGAGGGCCCGGCGGGAGCGUGCGAGCCGUGCGGGCCGCGCGUAGCCUUCGUGCCGCGCCAGGCCGGGCUGCGCGAGCGCGCGGCCACGCUGCUCCACCUGCGGCCCGGGGCGCGCUACACCGUGCGCGUGGCCGCGCUCAACGGCGUCUCGGGCCCAGCGGCCGCCGCGGGAGCCACCUAUGCUCAAGUCACCGUCUCCACCGGGCCCGGGGCGCACUGGGAGGAUGAAAUCCGCAGGGACCGAGUGGAACCCCAGAGUGUGUCCCUGUCGUGGCGGGAGCCUAUCCCUGCUGGAGCCCUUGGUGCCAACAACACUGAGUAUGAGAUCCGGUACUACGAGAAGGGUCAGAGUGAGCAGACUUACUCCACAGUGAAGACAGGGGCACCUGCAGUGACCGUCACCAACCUGAAGCCAGCCACCCGCUACGUCUUUCAGAUCCGGGCAGCUUCCUUGGGACCCUCCUGGGAGGCUCAGAGCUUCAACCCCAGCAUCGAAGUGCAGACCCCAGGGGAGGCCACCUCAGGGUCCAGGGAUCAGAGCCCCGCAGUUGUCGUCACCGUGGUGACCAUCUCUGCCCUCCUCGUCCUGGGCUCCGUGAUGAGUGUGCUGGCCGUGUGGAGGAGGCCCUGCAGCUAUGGCAAAGGAGGUCGCGAUGCCCACGAUGAAGAGGAGCUGUAUUUCCACUUCAAAGUCCCAACUCGCCGCACUUUCCUGGACCCCCAGAGCUGUGGGGACCCACUGCAGGCUGUGCAUCUGUUCGCUAAGGAGCUGGAUGCAAAAAGCGUCACACUGGAGAGGAGCCUUGGAACAGGCCGCUUUGGGGAGCUGUACUGCGGGUGCCUGCAGCUUCCCGGCCGCCAGGAGCUCCCGGUGGCUGUGCACAUGCUGAGGGACGGCUGCUCGGACUCGCAGAGGCUCAGCUUCCUGGCCGAGGCCCUCACCUUGGGCCAGUUUGACCACAGCCACAUUGUGCGUCUGGAAGGUGUUGUCACGCGAGGAAGCACCUCGAUGAUCGUCACCGAGUACAUGAGCCUCGGGGCCCUGGACGGCUUCCUUAGGCGGCACGAGGGGCAGCUGGUGGCCGGACAGCUGAUGGGGCUGCUGCCAGGACUGGCGUCGGCCAUGAAGUACCUGUCAGAGAUGGGCUACGUCCACAGGGGUCUGGCAGCACGCCGCGUGUUGCUUGGCAGUGGCCUCUCCUGCAAGAUCUCUGGCUUUGGUCGGGGACCCCGGGACCGGGCCGAGGCUGUGUUCACCACCAUGAGUGGCCGGAGCCCAGCUCUGUGGGCUGCUCCCGAGACCCUUCAGUUCGGCCACUUCAGCUCUGCCAGUGAUGUGUGGAGCUUCGGCGUCGUCAUGUGGGAAGUGAUGGCCUUUGGGGAGCGGCCCUACUGGGACAUGUCUGGGCAGGAUGUGAUCAAGGCAGUGGAGGAUGGCUUCCGGCUGCCACCCCCCAGGAACUGCCCUUUGCCCCUGCACCGACUGAUGCUUGACUGCUGGCAGAAGGACCCUGGUGAGCGCCCCAGGUUCUCCCAGAUCUACAACAUCUUGAGCAAGAUGGUGCAGGACCCAGAGCCCCCAAAGUGUGCCACGACCAGCUGCCCCAGGCCCCCCACCCCACUGGCGGACCGUGCCUUCUCUACCUUUCCCUCCUUUGGCUCCGUGGGUGCGUGGCUGGAGGCCCUGGACCUUUGCCGCUACAAGGACAGCUUCGCUGCAGCUGGCUAUGGGAGCUUGGAGGCUGUGGCUACGAUGACUGUGCAGGACCUGGUGAGCCUGGGCAUCACGUCAGCUGAGCAUCAAGAGGCCCUCCUCAGUGGGAUCAGCACCCUGCGGGCACAAGUACUUCAGCUGCAGGGCCAGGGGGUACAGGUGUGA